AUGCGCCUCCUUUCUCUCUUUACUAUCAUAACGGCCGUUGCCGCGUUAGAGUGCGCCGAUCUCGUUAUCGAAUUGACCCACAGAGAGACUUGCUCCCGCCCGACUCAGGCUGGUGAUACGAUCAAGAUACAUUAUCGCGGAACGUUUACCAACGGCACGGAGUUCGAUUCUAGCAUUGGCCAGGAGCCAUUGGAAUUUCCACUCGGUGCGAACAAAGUGAUUCGUGGCUUUGAUGAAGGUGCCCGUAACAUGUGUGUUGGUGAUAAGCGAAAGAUUACCAUCCCGCCCUUGCUAGGCUAUGGAGAUAAACAAAAGGGACCCAUUCCGCCCAGCUCGACACUGAUUUUUGAGACCGAGCUUGUGGAGAUCGUGGGUGUACCAAAUGAAGGCAACUGA